ACAAAAAUCUUUUCAAGCGUUGACUGCUUUCGAAAGGAAGAAGUGUCAUCUCUGUGUCCAAGGAAAACCCCUGUGAAGUUUGUCCAGGAAGCUAACAUCAUGCCGAAAAAAUCAAGUCGCCCUCCUCCAUAUAGAGGCAGACAUCACCACAGAUCCUCCCAUCGCACACCUUCUUACCACCCAGAUGAAAUGCUUCACUUUUACCGCUGGACAUCACCCCCAGGUGUCAUGAAGAUUUUGUGCAUCAUCAUCAUCAUUAUGUGUGUGGCUAUGUUUGCCUGCGUGGCCUCCACACUGGCAUGGGACUAUGACGCAAGCAGCAUGGGGCUUGGCGGUCUUGGGAUGGGCUUUGGAAGUCAAGGCGGCUCCGUCAGUGGAACGUAUGGUGGUGGAUAUGGAGGAAGUUAUGGUGGGGGUCUUGGAGGCUAUGGAGGAGGCAUGUACAUGGAUCCGAAAACAGGCAAGGGCUUUAUCAUCGCGAUUGCAGGAAUCACCUUUAUCACUGUGCUCAUCAUCUUCAUCCUCGUGGUGUCGAGGCAAAACACUUCACAGUCUCCCUCAUUCUAUCUGGCCUCCAUCAUUAUUUGUGCCAUCCUGGCUGUACUCAUGCUCAUCGCCACCAUUGUGUACCUGGUCGCUAUUAACCCCACUUCUCAGACGUCUGGAUCCAUGAUGUAUAAUCAGAUAUUGCAGCUGUGUGCACAAUACCAGAACCAAGAUCAGGCCUCUGGGAUCUUCCUCAAUCAAUAUUUAUACCACUACUGUGUAGUGGAGCCUGAAGAGGCUAUUGCCGUUGUUCUUGGAUUUCUGGUGGUGGUUGGGCUGAUCAUCCUACUUGUGUUUGCGGUGAAGACCCGAGGGCAGAUCAGGAGAUACGGCAGGGAGCGCGUUCUGUGGUAUGAUGUGAAGACCAUCACUGAUGGCCUCACUUCUCAUGGCAUCGGGGAAUGGGUGAAUAAUGUGUCUGGAGAUCCAGAGGCUUUUGUGAAGGACCGCAAUGACCAAAUCAGUGUUGCACAGCCAAUGGUUCACAGCCAGAAACCAAUUUACCUUCCAAGUAGCGGUUCUGACUUGACAAGUUCUUUGAGUGGACUGAAGGGCAAACUAAGAGACUAUGACACUAGAUCUGGAGAUGAGCUGGACACCGACUAUGAAAUUGAAUAUCCUCCCAUCAUUAAUGAGCAGGAGAGGCUUGAGUACAAGAGAGAGUUUGACAGAGAUCACAUGGAGUAUAAGCGUCUUCAGGCUGAGCUAGAUGAUAUUAAUCAGGGCUUGGCUGAUGCAGAUCGAGAGCUGGACAGAUUACAGGAAGGCAGCCCACAGUUCUUGGAUGCCCUGAGUGAUUACAACAGGCUCAAAAGUUUGAAGAAGUCUGCAGACUAUCAGAUGAAGAAGAAAAAGUGUAAGCAGCUAAAGAGUAAACUCUCCCUCCUCAAAAGAAGGGUCAGCGACUAUGACCACAGGCAAUAAAAACCUGGAACUGGAAACUCAUUAAGGCACAUUGUCACAUGAAGGUUUUGCUUUGGGACUUUAUCUGUAUUUCUGUAUUAAAGAUGUGUAUCACUGUAUUAUUAUCAAGAAAUGGAUGGCUGCUGUUUUAUACGUAUAGACAGAUUUUUGCUUUUGAGCCAAACUAAACUUCAAAAUAUUGUGGCAUUUAUGAAGUAUUUAAUUUAAUUGUUUUUAAAGCUAAAUGAUGUUGUCUCCUAACCUUUUAUCUUUUGCUGUAGUACUUUUAGUCAAGCCAAGGUUAGUGUAUAUUAAGUAUGAGCAAGACUGUGACCACUUGUUGUAGUUUUAGGGAUCUCCAAGCAGACAUUCUAAUACAUGUUUUUAUUUUAUUUUAUUUUUUAUAAUGUUUUAUUGGAUUUUCUUUUUUUUUUAAUUUUUUUUUUUUUUGUAUAACUUGCUGAUUAAUCUGUCACCGGAAUAGCAAUAUUCUCUGCAGCAAUAUUGUUUUCUUAAGGUACACACCUAGAGAAUGGGUGUGAAUUCAAUUGUAAUUAUGUAAUUAAUAUAAUUAGCCUCCUUCAGACUAUUAUAUCAAAUGUUUAAGAUAUUAAUUGAGUAAUUUUAAUGUGGCAGGCAAAUGAUGUUGAAUGUAGCGCCUACAGUAGGCUACAUUUUUGCUUGCAUUUAUGUACAUAGGAAAAUAAAGCUUUUCAAUUUCAAAA